AUGCCUUCUAUGAACAAACUCAAAGCUACUAUGACACCUAAAGAUCCUAUCAUUCCUAUUGGCAAAUCUCCCCGAAGAAGGAAAUCCUCUCGUUUCCAUAUUGAUGUUCAACCUUAUCAAGAAUUGGAAAAAUAUCCACACUUUAAUGAAGUACCGAUAUCUCAGAGACAAGAAUUAUUUAUCAGGAAAUUGGCUCAAUGCACUGUAUUAUUUGAUUUUGGUGAUGUGGAUUCCAAUCUCAAAGGUAAAGAAAUCAAACGUCAGGCUUUACAAGAAAUCUUGGAAUAUGUAGCAACAAAUCGUGGAGUAAUUACAGAAUCUAUUUAUCCUAAAGUGAUUAGAUUGUUUGCUGUCAAUUUGUUCCGAACAAUUCCUCCACCAUUGAAUCCAACCGUUGCUGAAGGUUAUGAAGAAGAUGAAGAUGAACCUGUAUUUGAAUCUGCAUGGCCACAUUUACAAUUGGUAUAUGAAUUCUUUCUUCGAUUUGUGGAAUCUCCUGAUUUCAAUGUUUCUAUUGCAAAGAAUUAUAUUGAUGAACGUUUUGUCCUUCAGCUAUUAGAAUUGUUUGAUAGUGAAGAUCCACGAGAACGAGAUUUUCUCAAGACAACUUUACAUCGUAUUUAUGGCAAAUUCCUAGGAUUACGCGCUUUUAUUCGGAAAUCCAUCAAUAAUAUCUUUUAUCAAUUCAUCUAUGAAACGGAACAGUUUAAUGGGGUAGCAGAAUUAUUGGAAAUUCUUGGAAGUAUUAUCAAUGGAUUCGCGUUACCUUUGAAACAAGAACAUAUCACCUUUUUAUUCAAAGUGUUGAUCCCGUUACACAAACCAUCCUCUCUUGGGUCAUAUUAUCCUCAAUUAGUAUAUUGCGUUGUACAAUUUUUGGAAAAGGAUGGAUCAUAUACCAAGGAUGUGAUUUUACAAUUACUCAAAUAUUGGCCCAAGGUGAACAGUGCAAAAGAAGUGAUGUUUUUGAAUGAAGUAGAAGAAAUCGUAGAUCUCACUGAUUCUCAUACAUUUGGCGAGUUUGUGGACCCUCUCUUCCGUCGAUUGGCUUUCUGUGUUGGUAGUAGCCAUUUCCAGGUGGCCGAACGAACAUUAUUAUUUUGGAAUAAUGAAUAUUUUCUCACCUUGAUGAACGAACAUAUCGAUAUUAUUUUACCCAUCAUGUAUCCUGUACUCUAUGAAAACUCGAAAUCUCAUUGGAAUAGAACUAUACAUGGAUUGAUCUAUAAUGCAUUAAAGUUAUAUAUGGAAAUGAAUUAUGAUCUAUUUGGCAAAUGUGCGGAUAAAUACAAUGAGGAUCGACGAUUGUAA